AUGGUACAAACACGAAAAGAGCGCAAAGCCGGCCAAGUCCCUCUGGCUCACCCUGACCGAUCAGGCCCGUCGGAGAAGACCCUGCUCGACCUCGCAAAAGAACGACAGCUCUUUGAGCAGGCCGACUUGCGGCAACGGAAACUGAGCGGCAGACCGGCAUUGCCCAAGCAGGAUGAUGGCCCCGAGGAUCUGGCCAUCUCGCCCACGGCGGAACGCGUCUUGGAGACCCUGCUAUGGAGCGUGAGCCUGACCAUGCUGCACUUCACUCUGGAUGUGCUUGUCCAACAUCAGUAUGCCGUAGAGCUGUCCUGGGCCAAGGCGAUUUCGCGAUCGUUGUUGGCACUCUUUGUCUUCACGUGCCUCAUGUACGUCCUCCACCCACACGCCUCCGCUCCCACCCCAGUGCCCGGCUUGCCAGAACGCUUCCAAUCCCCUUUCCGCCAGGCGGUCUUCUUUGCUACUAGCGUGUCGUCCGGCUGCUACCUGAUACACAUUUCAAACACCUACGGCUACCUCGCUGUCAUGAAGCAAUCGCCGCCAUUAGGGUGUCUCUGGGUGUGGAGCGUGAUAGAGCUGAAUCUGAUCCUCGGCGUACUGUCACUGGCUUGUGCGGGCGUUUUUCUUUGGACCGGAGGAUACAAGAUUCGAUGA